AUGACCCGGCGUUGCUCGCAUUGCAGCCACAAUGGGCACAACUCCAGGACCUGCCCGAAUCGCGGGGUUAAGCUGUUUGGAGUCCGAUUAACUGACGGGUCGAUCCGGAAGAGUGCUAGUAUGGGUAAUCUCACCCAUUAUGCGGGUUCCGGGUCCGGAACCCUCCAUGCCGGGUCAACCAACCCGGGUUCUCCUGGUGAAACCCCCGAUCACGGCACCGCCGCCGACGGUUACGCCUCCGAGGACUUCGUUCCCGGCUCUUCUUCUAGCUCCCGUGAAAGAAAGAAGGGUGUUCCGUGGACUGAGGAGGAGCAUAGAAUGUUUUUACUCGGAUUGCAGAAGCUGGGCAAAGGUGAUUGGCGUGGAAUUGCAAGGAACUAUGUUAUAUCAAGGACACCAACACAAGUGGCCAGUCAUGCCCAAAAAUACUUUAUCAGGCAAAGCAAUGUUUCCAGGCGGAAAAGACGGUCCAGCUUGUUUGAUAUUGUUGCAGAUGAAGCAGCUGACACUCCAAUGGUGCAGCAAGACUUCUUGUCAGCCAAUCAGUUACCUGCUGAAACAGAAGGCAAUAACCCUUUGCCCGCUCCUCCUCCCCUCGAUGAAGAGUGUGAAUCCAUGGAUUCCACAAACUCAAAUGAUGGAGAGCCUGCCCCAUCAAAGCCUGAAAACACACAAUCAUCUUAUCCAGUAUUAUAUCCUGCAUACUAUUCUCCAGUGUUCCCGUUUCCUCUGCCCUAUUGGUCGGGAUACAGUCCAGAGCCCACCAAGAAGGAGACACAUGAAGUGCUGAAGCCAACUGCAGUACAUUCUAAAAGCCCAAUCAAUGUUGAUGAACUGGUUGGCAUAUCAAAACUGAGUUUAGGGGAGUCUAUUGGUGAUUCUGGUCCCUCCUCCCUGUCUCUAAAACUUCUUGAAGAAGGACCCUCAAGACAGUCAGCUUUCCAUGCAACACCGACAUGUGGCAGCUCAAAUAUGAAUGGCAGUGCCAUCCAUGCAGUUUAA